UUCCGUUCCAGGAGAGCCCCCAAUUCACCUCCCGCCGCCGCGACCCCCCCCGUGGCCUCCCCCCUCCCCCCAGCCUCCUCCGAGCCAACAGCGACUCGGGAGGGGGGGGAGGGGCCGGGCUCCCUCCGGGGGGGGGCGGGGGGGGGAUGCUUCCCGAUUGGAUGCUCCGGGGACAUCCCCCCCCCCCCCAGGCCACCCCCGGGGCCCCUCCCCCCCCUUCCUCUGUGCCCCGCCCCCCCCCGCCCCCCGGCCCCCCCUCGGGGACCCUGCGCAGCGCCAAGCCCCGGGGGGCCCGGACCCGCUCCCCCUCCCGUGGGAGGCACGCGGAGGAGCCCCGGAGGGCGAGGGGAAGGGCCAGGUAUGGGGGGGGAUGUGGGGUUAUGGGGGGGGUAUGGGGGGGGGUGGAGUCCGCCGGGGGGUCCCUGGGGGGCCGUGGGGGUCGCCGCCGCCUCUACUCGGCCGUGCCGGGCCGCUCCUUCCUGGCCGUGAAGCCCUACCAGGCCCAGGGCGAGGGCGAGCUCAGCCUCAGCAAGGGCGAGCGCAUCAAGGUGCUGAGUGUGGGUGAAGGGGGGUUCUGGGAGGGCCAAGCCCGCGGCCGCAUCGGUUGGUUCCCAUCGGAGUGCGUGGAGGAGGUUCCAGCCCGGACCCCCGAGGGCAAGACAGAGAGCCGCAGUGACAAGGCCAAGCGCCUCUUCCGCCAUUACACCGUUGGCUCCUAUGACAGCUUCGAUGCCCCCAGUGAUUACAUCAUCAAGGAGAAGACCGUUCUGCUCCAGAAGAAGGACAACGAAGGCUUCGGCUUUGUCCUGCGUGGGGCCAAGGCGCAGACGCCCAUCGAGGAGUUCACCCCGACGCCGGCGUUCCCGGCGCUGCAGUACCUGGAGUCCGUGGAUGAGGGCGGCGUGGCCUGGAGAGCCGGGCUGCGCAUGGGGGACUUCCUCAUCGAGGUGAACGGGCAGAACGUGGUCAAGGUCGGGCACCGCCAGGUCGUGUCCAUGAUCCGGCAGGGCGGGAACAGCCUCGUGCUCAAGGUUGUCAUGGUGACGCGGCACCCGGAGCCCGAGGGGCCCCGGCGCAGGGCUGCCCCCCCCCAGCCUCGGCGCCUCCCGGCCCCGGCCAUUUCCCUGCGCUCCAAAUCCAUGACCUCGGAGCUGGAGGAGAUGGAGUACGACGCCUCGGUGGCCACGGAGAAGAAGAGGACAGUCUAUCAGAUGGCGCUCAACAAGCUGGACGAGAUCCUGGCCGCGGCCCAGCAGAGCAUCAGCGUGGGGGAGGGGCCGGGGGCGCCCCUCCCCCCCCUGGGCAAGGCCCGGCCCAAGGGCUUCUAUGGGGCUGAGGCCACCUUCGAUGCCCCCCGCCUGCCCCCGGGGGGGUUCGACCGCGGGUUCCUGCCGCCCCCCCCCCACGGGCUCGUCCUGCGACAGAAAUCCAUAGGCGCCCCGGAAGAGGAGCGCCCGUUCCUGGCCCCCCCCAGCGGCCGCUUCAGCCGCAGCCUCUCGGUACCGGGCUCGGAGGAGAUCCCUCCCCCCCCAACCACAUCCCCCCCGGAACCCCCGUACAGCAGCGCCGCCCCUCCCCCCCCCGCCUCCACCCCCCGCGGGGCUCCGUCCACGAGCAGCAGCGGGCGCAGCAGCCGCGGGAGCAGCGUGGAGGCGGAAGCGGGGGGAGGGGCGGGCCUGGAGGGGGGAGGGGCGACGGGGAAGCCCCCGGUUGGGGUGGGGGGAGGGGUUAUGGGAGGGGGAGGGGUUGGGUCCCCAUCCCGCCCCUCCCCCCCCGCCAUGGACUUCACGUCUCAGUUCGGAGCCGCGUUGGUGGGGGCGGGGCGGCGGCGUUCCGCGCUCUUCCUCUCCACCGAGGAGGACGAUGAGGAUGGAGGAGGAAGAGCCGCCAUAACCGGAAGUGUGACCGGCUUAACUUCCGCUUCCGGUCCUCCGCGCCUGCGCCAUUCCAAGAGCAUCGACGAAGGGAUGUUCGCGGCCGACCCCGGUUACCGGGGAGCGGCCAAAGGGGGAGGCCUCGGAGCCGGCAGCGCCUUCAGUAGCGUGGCCGCUGCUUCCUCGUCCUCUUCUUCCUCCUCCGGACCGGCUCCGAGGCCCAAAGCCAUGGCGGCGGCGGCGGCCGCGUUGCAGGCCGGGCUCGCGGCCUUGCAAGCGGGCUUAGGGCCGCUGCCGCCGGGCGCCGUGGGGCUGAGGCCGGGCGCUGUGGGGCUGAGGCCUAGCGCGGCGGGCGACAUGACGUCGUUAGCGACCGACAUGACGUCGUUAGCGACCGACAUGACGUCGUUAGCGACCGACAUGGCGCCCUUAGCGACCGACAUGGCGUCCCUAGCAACCAACAUGGCGCCCGCCCUGCCGCCCUUAGCAACGCCGUCGCCCUUAGCAACGGCCAAGAUGGCGGCGCUCGGGCCUACCGCGCUUUGGGGUUCCCCAGCGGAACCCCGCGUGCGCUUCGCCGAAGCCGGCGCCUUGCUGGCCCUGCCGCCGCCGGCUCCCUCGGUGGAGGACGGCGACGAGGAGCUGCUGCUGGCCGAGCCGCUGCCGCCGCCGCUCGAGUUCGCCAACAGCUUCGAAGCCCCGCUUCCUUCCUCAUCCUCUUCCUCCGUCGUCGUCGCCGGCACCGCCAUCGGGGACUCCACGGCCUCCAGCCUCACGUCGUACGACAGCGAAGUGGCCACCAUCACCCAAGGCGGGCCCGAAGGGAGGCGAGGAGGUCUCGGGGCUCACCCCGACGGCCUGGAUGCCGUCACCGAUUCGGGUAUCGAAGAGGUCGACAGCCGAAGCAGCAGCGAUCACCCCCCGGAGGCGAUCUCAUCAUCAUCAUCAUCAUCAUCAUCAACAGCAGCAGCAGCAGCACGCUGGGGGGCGAUGGAGCCGUGGGAAGAAGGAGGCAGGGGCCUGGCGGCGGCGGCGGCAGCGUGGAGCAGGGGACCCGCGGAUGGGAGCUACGGGGGAACGGCGGGGAGGCACAGGCUCCCGGACCCCCCCCCUCCCUCGCAACCCUCCAAGCCCCCCCCUUCCUCCUCCAUCUCCCCUUCCUCCAUCCUCUUCCCCAACUGGCCCCCGGCCCCUAAAUCCCCUUUAAGCGGGGUCGGGGUAGACCUGGACAUCCGCCCCCCCCUUCGCCGCGCCCCGAGCCCGGCCACGUUGCCCAGCGAGCGCCGGGGCAGCCCCGCUCCGCGCCCGGCCUCGCUGCCCACGUUACCGGCGGCUCCGCUCUACGCCGGCUUCCUGGAGCUGCGGGGGGGGCCCUUCGGGGACGGGGCCAGCGCUAGGUCCUUGUCCCCAACGAGGCCUCCGCCUCCCCCCCCCGAUAAACCCUUUGGAGCGAAGCCAUUGGCUUUCUGGAGCAAGUUCGACGUGGCCGAUUGGUUGGAAUACCUGAACCUGGGCGAGCAUCGAGCGCGGUUCUUGCACAACGAGAUCGACGGCUCCCAUCUGCCCUCGUUGACCAAGGAGGAUUACAUCGACCUGGGGGUGACGCGCGUCGGGCACCGCAUGAACAUCGACCGGGCCCUCAAGGUCUUCCUGGAGAGGUGAGGGCAGAGCGG